UGUAGUGAACACACAGCAAUCUAGUAGCCAGUCAUCGCAUAACGGUCACUGAAACGCGUCGUUCACUAUCUCAAUUUCUUUAAUUUCUUUCCCCUCAAAACUAAUUUGAGUUUGCAUCGAAAUGGCGUUCCGUUUUACGUCCUUGAUCGCGUUCGGUUGUUUAUUGCUCGUAGCCGCUUCGCCAAUCAAUGCUGCUGCCAUUGAUAAUUCUGUGGCAGAGCCCCGCAUACGCAAUACGGAUGAGCUGCUCACCACAAUUGUGGAUAAGUGCUUCCAUGCCAAUGGGCUGUAUUGUUUGAAAGAGAAAGUUUUGACCUAUUUGGAUGGUGUGGCUGGAGUCGAGGAGGAUAUUAGUGGACGCGCCUUCAAUGAAGAUGUCAUCGAUAAAGUGAUCGUCGAUCGUGUUGGCCGAAUCUUAAAUAACAAUGAAUUCCGCCUGCGCUUGCCCGAAACCGCAUUCGGCAGCUCGGUCGUCAGCUAUAGUACUGCGCGUGGUUUUGACGUGGAAGUGCCCGAGACUGGAGCACGCGGCGAGAAGAAGAAGGACAAGCUGCUCCUCCCUCUGUUGCUGCUCAUGAAACUGAAAUUGAAGGUCGUCAUGCCAAUCCUUCUGGGUCUGAUUGGACUCAAAGCAUUCAAGGCUUUGAUUUUGUCGAAAAUCGCUAUUAAACUGGUACUUGGCUUCCUUAUCUACAACUUGAUCACCAAAUUAUCCGGCGCUAAAAUGAUGAUGAUGCCGGCACCCUUGCCAGCGGCUGAAUACGGUCCACCCAGCACUACCGCCUCCUCAUACGAUCCAAGCAGCUGGGAACCAGCCAGCGGUGGCCCAUAUGCCCGCUGGGACUCACAGAGUCUCGCAUACAGCUCAUACCACCCCAGCUCUAGCUCAUACAACUCCGGCUCCAGCUCCACUGGUUCAUCGUCCAGCUACAGCUCAUCAUCGUAAAUGAAAGUAAACACGGCACAUCUAGAAUUUUUGCUCCAAAAAUUUAUUCGGUGGACCUUAGCACACCAACCUGUACAUAAGUAUACAUAGAAAAACCAAGGAAAACAAAACUAAGAGAUUAUAAUAUCGAAAAAUCGGAAACUAGGAAAAGGAAAGGACUAAGACAUACGCUGAACUACCAUUUAAUCCAUUUAGUAUAUUUAUUAAUUGUAAUUUAUUUUUAUUAUUUUAAGCAUUUAGUCAUUCUACUAUGUACUGUACUAUGCUUUCACUUUUCCAACUUUCCCUUUAGUACUCUCUCUACCCUAUCCUUUUCUAAUCUUUUCACUUUAAAGUUUUUAUCUAUAAAAUUCCCACCUCUAUUUCGAUUUUCUAUUCUUCUACACACUU